CACAAAUCCCUUUCUUCUUCUCCGAGUUCUUCAGACACUCACGACACGACGACUUUUAUAUUCUACUGCCUACCCCAGGAUGCAACCUGCUACUACUGUCAUACUUGGGACCCUCAGGACUGCUCUUUACUUCAGUUUGGUUGACGCUGCUGACGCCGCUCUUCCGCCAUCUUCAACUUGCUAUUGUUUGCAUCAGACGGUGGCUGAAUGUGCUGUAAGAGCAAGCGGAGGAAUUGUCGGAUAGCUUUGGCGCUUCACACUUCCCUUUUCCGUCGCUGAGGUCAGCGCAAAGGAUUUAUAUGUCAUUGACUUAAAGGCCUCUCAGGACACGACCACUAAGCCUUGAUGAUGGACGACGACCAACCUAAAACAUUGUAUGUUGGGAAUUUGUCCAGGGAUGUAACAGAACCCCUAAUCCUGCAGCUCUUCGCACAGAUUGGACCCUGCAAAAGCUGUAAAAUGAUUUUUGAUACAGCUGGGAAUGAUCCCUACUGCUUUGUGGAAUUCUUUGACCACAGACAUGCUGCUGCCUCAUUAGCAGCCAUGAAUGGAAGGAAAAUAAUGGGUAAGGAGGUCAAAGUCAACUGGGCCACUACGCCAGCAAGCCAGAAAAAAGACACCAGUAAUCACUUUCAUGUUUUCGUUGGAGACCUCAGCCCAGAAAUAACUACAGAAGACGUUAAAGCUGCCUUUGGUCCUUUUGGCAGAAUAUCAGAUGCACGUGUUGUGAAAGAUAUAACCACAGGGAAAUCUAAAGGCUAUGGCUUUGUGUCUUUCUUCAACAAGUGGGAAGCUGAAAAUGCCAUUCAGCAGAUGGGGGGUCAAUGGUUAGGAGGCAGGCAAAUCCGAACAAACUGGGCCACAAGAAAACCCCCUGGGCCAAAGACCAGCUAUGAAACAGGUAACUCCAAGCACCUGUCCUUUGAUGAAGUUGUAAACCAGUCCAGCCCCAGUAAUUGCACCGUGUACUGUGGUGGUGUCAGCACUGGACUGACAGAACAACUGAUGAGACAGACCUUUUCUCCUUUUGGGCAAAUUAUGGAAAUAAGGGUUUUCCCAGAUAAAGGCUAUUCGUUUAUAAGGUUCAGCUCCCAUGAGUCUGCAGCCCAUGCCAUUGUGUCUGUGAAUGGGACUGCACUCGAGGGCCACAUAGUCAAGUGCUACUGGGGUAAAGAGAACCCAGACAUGAUGAACCCAGUGCAGCAAAUGCCUGUUCCUCAGCAAAACAAGAUGAGCUUUCCUGCUGCUCAACCCUACAACCAGUGGGGCCAGUGGUAUGGCAAUGGUCCUCAGAUCAACCAGUAUGUCCCGAAUGGGUGGCAGGUUCCCACCUACAGUGUCUAUGGUCAGGCUUGGAACCAGCAGGGCUUCAAUCACUUACCUUCCAAUGCUGGGUGGACUGGCAUGAGCACCAUCAGUAACGGUGGGGUUAUGGAGCCCACACAGGGAUUGAAUGGGAGCAUGCUAGCCAACCAGCCUGGUAUGGGAGCCACAGGAUACCCCACACACUGAUAGGGGGGGGGAAGGAGAUCAUAUCAACCGUCUCCCAUUUUUGGUUUUAACAUGCUCAGUGGGGCUGUGUGACACCACCUCCUUUGUUGGCAGGACUAACUUUUACCUGGACGUGGAACUAGUUUUGAAGAUUGACCUCUGUUGGAAGUGUAAAAGGGAUUUUUUUUUUUUUUUCGGCGGGGGGGGGGGUGUCAGAUCCAGUGUGAAACAGUGUCACCCACAACAGUUCUGUUAUGUUCUGUGGGAGUGGAUACUGGCUGAGAUCCUUGGGCCUAUUAAAUUUUCAAGGCAACUGUUUAAAAAAAUAAAAAAAGUCACAGAGGAACUCCCCCCGACCCCCCACAAUGGCUUCCAUUGUAGUUCCUCAAUAAUUGAGUGGUCUUUUUAAAGUUUUUAUUUUAAAGAAACUGUCAUUAAAAGUUUUCCAAAUUCUGUAGUUCUUUAAGGAAUCAAAAUGAUUGUGUACAAAAUGUUAAAUCUAUUGCAGGGAUUGUUUGGCACUUUUACUCCUUAGUAAAGGCAUAUUGAUAUUACAGAAUUUACUCCCCGCUUGUACGUGCCAAACUUUUUUGGGUGGGGUAUGGGGGUGGCAUUCCAUUUUUCCUUAUCUUUGGACAGCCUCAAUUCUUUUAGCCACAUGUAUAUAACUCUACAUUUGAUACCAUGUAAGUACAAAUACUACUGAUAACUGUGGAUGUCUGUUUUUGUUUCAAUAUCUAUCGUAAAUGCCCACAAUGCGAGUACCAGAAUGGCACUGCCAAAUCUGACACUGGCACGGUGUGACUGGAUUCUUCCAUGCAGGGACAGACAUUGCCAUGUAGUGCAUACUUAAAACGUGUGACGCAAUCCUAAUGUAAAGAAAUAUUUGACACUUUUUUAAAAAUAUAUGUAUAUAUAAACUUUUGAGUGAAUCAUUUAACCUUUAAACCUGCUCUGUUUGGCAGAGAGAUGGAGACCUCGAUUGCUAUUGCCUUAUAAAGCUGGUUUGUUUUCGCUAUUGUAAUCUUUUCUU